ACAGAUCGCUGGUCGAAACAUCUCCUAUCAUCCGGCGUGCUGUUUGUGACGAUGAGCUCAUCUCCAUCGAAUUACGGAUAAAGCAGCCGAUGCGAACUUCAUGUCCACCAUGAUUUCAUCUACUUCUUUCUGGCUUCUAGCAAAGGACGAGUACAACGUUCGUCUUGUUGCCUGGACAGAAACCUCUUCCCAAACGACGCGACCUCCGAGUACUACGAGCACAAGCGCAUUACACUGACCCAUCGUUCCAUCACUCAUCAACUCAUCAUUCCCACCGGACCACAUCGCACUGGCGACGUUGAUGUCUAGGCACCAAAAAGCCCCUGGAGCGACUUGACCACCGUUUGACAAUUCUCGUAACCGUAACGAGUAACCACGGCUGGAAUCUUCUCGGCUCGCGAUCAUUUCCGGGCUCACUGGAUUUCUCCUGACUCGCCAUUGUCGGAAAUUGUCAUGUCCAUGCUGUCUUUUCGAGACCUGAUGCCGGUCGCUUCGACUAAUUUCUCCUCCAUGUCUCCUCCAAACUCGGAUCUUUCGACGAGGAGGAAAACCAGUGUCGCCUGCUUUGGCUGUAAAAGGAGACGCACGAGAUGUGAUGAAGGCUUACCGUGUGUCUCUUGCAUAUCUCACAACACCGAGUGUGUCAAGGACGAAAACGACGAUGGCCGCCGUAGGUUGGCCAUGAAGCGCAAGCUGAGCGCUCUCGAGAAUGAUCGUCGCCUCUUCGAUGACCUCCUGGCCACGAUCCGCAAGACCAACACCACACAGAUCGAACCUCUCCUGAAAACGAUCCGGAAUGGCAGCUCGAGGCACGACAUCCGCGCCUACCUCGAUUGCCACUUCCACCCUGGUUCGGACGCAAUGCAGAUCGAGAACGGCUUCGACAAAACACCCCGAGCCGUACGACGCCCAAUGCGCGGACGUAUUCAGGACGUGGUGAACCCUCCGGUUUCCGUCCCGGCGAAGCCAUGGACCACGGUGACCGACGACGACGAUUUUGUGUCGCACCUGAUCUCCCUGUGGUUCACUUGGGCCCACCCUUGGUGGCACUGGGUCGACGAAAAGCUUUUCCUCAACGCCAUGAGGACCGGGGACGACAGAGGCCUGAUAUGUACUCCCUACCUGGUGAACAUGAUACUGGCUGAUGCAUGUCUCCUGGACACUCUGGCCGAUGACGGCUCCGAACCCAACAAGUGGAUACGUGAACAAUUCUACCAAGAAGCGAAGAAAGGCCUCGAUGCCGAAAAGGGUCGAGUCUCCAUGACCGUAGUGGCAACCUUGGGUGUGCAAUGGACCUAUCUGAACACGAGUGGUCAAGAUUCGCUCGGAAAUGCCGUCCUGUAUCAGCAAAUAUUCCUGUCCAAGGACCUGGAACGGUGGAGGCAAAAGGUGCUUCGCAGUAUGGAUCUACCCAGAGGGUAUCUCGACGAUGUCAUGAGAUCCCUGGACACACUCCAGUGGACGCUCUACACUCUCAAUUCUUGCACCCUCUUGGACUUUGAAAAGACGCAGUUUCUCAGGCCACCGUCCGGCCCCAAACCUCAGUCGGACCAUCACAAAGGCGACAACGUUGACUGGACACCGUACCCCCAGCCUCACACUCCGGUCAGCUUCCACCCGACCUGCCACUAUCGCAGUUUUCUCUGUCUGAUCGAGAUGACCGCACGUGGAGAGAGGCUGGUCACCAAAAGAACCAAGGAAGACGCCGACGAUGCCAUCCGCCAACUGGGGGAGUUGUACGUUCAUAUCCGAAAUUGGAACAGGACUCUGCCCGACUGUUUGCACCUGGAUGGAAGAUCCUCACCUCAUGUCAUUGCUCUGCAUGCACUACACAAUUGGGUCAUGGUGAUGAUGGCGAAGCAAAUCGCCGCGGUCGAGUGCGGGCAUCAGGGUCGCCCGGCGCUGAUUCGCACCCAGCCCGACGGGGAACGGCCCAAGUGGAAGCAAAUGUCGAUAACGUCGUCGAUCCGCAUAGCCGAGCUCUUUGAGCACAUCCGCCUCAAAUGGGGCACCGACCACUUCCCCGUCAUCAUCAUGCAGCCCCUCGCCAUCGCCGUCUUCCCGCUGCUGGAGGGCCUGCACGAGACCCCCGAGGCCCCCAAGGCGUUUUUCAACCUGUGCCUCACCAUCCGCGCCGCGAGUCGACGGUUCCCCGUGGGCUACGGCCUGCUCCUGGCCGUCAAGCAGACCGCCGAGAGGAGAGGCAUCCGACUGCCCGAAAACUGUCGAGACUUUUUCUCCGACCUGUCGGCCGUCUCGGUGUCUCGGAACACGUCCGACCUCACGGACAAGGGACUCGAUUAUCUCCUCGACAAAUGGGAGGAUCUCGACCUCGAAGGAAGUGCGUAGUGAAAAGUACAGAUUGUGGUUUGCAGAUUUCAGAUUGUGGAUUGUGGAUUGUGGAUUGUGGGGUCUUUCUCAAGUUCUCUUU